UAGUUAAAUACGAAUAAUCGGGUUUUAAAAUUUUAGCCAUUAUUCUUUUAAGUAUAUUCAUCUUAUAUCCAAAACACUGUGUUUUACAGAAAUUAGCACAAUAAAAUAUAUAUGCGCCUUUGUUUAGCCGGUCAGCGGAUGUCUCACAUAGUGUGGUAGGUUCUAUUUUUUGUUCUAAAAAAAAUAGCUUCUGACUUGAGAAGGUUUUUCUUCAUUUUUGUAAAAGUGAGACAAAUUUUGUGCACCCAAGACCAUGAUACCAUGGUCCAGUACAGUCCUUGUUUUGAUUAUUGCGUGGAGUUUUCCCGUAAGAUCCCUGGAUGCCUCUGACGAUCCGUAUGAUAUUUUGGGCGUCAGUAGAACAGCUUCGCCGAACGAUGUAAAAAGAUCGUACAAGAAACUGGCUAGAAACUGGCAUCCAGACAAGAACAAUGAUCCUACAGCACAAGAAAGAUUUAUUAAAAUUAAUCAAGCAUAUGAGAUUUUAUCUGAUGAGGGAAAGAGAAGAGACUUUGAUAACUUUGGGCAUGAAGCACCAAAUAGACAGAGAAGCCAAGGCCAGCCCUUCUUUGAUGCACACAGUGGUUUCAGUUUUUUCUUCAAUGAUAACCCAUUUUCUCACUCAAGUCAGUCCAAUGCUGACCAUGUCACAGCCAAGGCAUUUGAUACUUUGAUAAUUCCAGCAAGUUAUGAGAAACCUUACAUACUGGAGGUUAUAUCCAACUGGUGCAUGGCAUGUAUGCAAAUAGAAAGUGUAUGGGAAUCUACUGCAAAUGACCUAAAGAGCCUUGGUGUUGGUAUUGGUGUAAUCAAUGUGAAUAGAAGUCCCCGCCUUGCUGAUCAACUCAGCAUUGAUGGAGUACCAAGGAUUAUUGGUGUUUUGAAUGGAAAGCUGACUUAUUACAAUCAGAGAAUGUCACCAGAUGGGAUUAAGGAAUUUACCAAUGGACUCUUCCCAUAUAGCUUAGUGCACAGGGUUUCCAGUAAAACGUCAGACAUAUUUCUGAAAACAGAUGACAAUAAGCCAAAAGUGCUUCUCUUCUCACCCAAGAGCUCACCAUCUCUGCUCUACAAUCUGGUUGCAUUUAGCAAUCAAGAGAGACUGUCAUUUGGAUUUGUGAGCAUGUCAGGUCAAGAUGGUGAAAAAUUGAGGCGCAAAUUCAGAGUGAUGGCAAAAGAACCAACAGUUAUGAUAUUCAAAGAAGAAUCAGCUGUACCAGAAGUUGUUUUUGAGGCAACAGACCUUAAAAGUGGAAAGUUACGCGAGAUGGUCUCUGCUAACAAGUACCUGAAUCUUCCACGACUAACCACGCAGAAAAUCUUUGAUGAGCUCUGCCCUGAUGAGAGAUUUAGAUCACAAAGGAAGUUAUGUGUGAUCCUCUUUACCAAACGGGGAUCCCAUGACAAUGAGAAAGCAGCCCUUCGGAAUUUUGCCAAGGAUUCACAUUUCCCAGAUGAUAGAGUUCACUUUGUGUACAUCCACGAAGACGUUCAAACCAGGAUAGUGUCUGCCAUGAGAGAGGGGCUUGAUGCAGCGACAAGCAAGAAUAGAACUGCGCUAAAGCUUGCCAUCCUGUGGAACCCGGGAAAUGGAGAGGCCCGCUACACCUGGCUACCAGGAGGGUGGUAUGUUACCCGUUCCACAGCACUGGUGGACAAGUUGAAGCAUUUGAUUGAGGAUGUUAUUGGUGGAUCUGGAAAACUUAAAUACAGCACUCGCCUUCCUGUGCUCUAUAAUGAGGAUGCUCCGAGCCCUCAAGCCAGAAUUGUUGCUAAAUUGCGAGAUUUUAUCAGCUUUGUGUUGGAGUUUUUUGCAAGGAAGGACAGUUCCUCAAUUAUUACUCUAGUACUGGGACUUGGUUUAAUUAUUGUUAUGAGUAUCUUUCUUCCCCAAGGAGACCCACACAAGAAGAAACGACCUGACCCUUCUGAUUCUCAUGCUGUUGACCCUUUUAACAAUAUUGCACUUGGCUUUAUCGAACUAAACCGUUACACAGACUUAACCCUACUUAGGGAGGCUCCCCCUGGCCAGCUGACCGUCGCUAUCCUUUUGGAUGCGGUCACCACUGAGGAUGCCGUCAAGUCACCUCUAUUGAAGGCAUUUGACGAAGUUGUUCACAGUUGUUCAGGGAAGUACAGUAUAUUGUUCAAGUAUGUCUGGCUAUCAAUACCAGACAAUCUGGAAUGGUGCACUGAAGUCAUGGAAGUCAACAAAUUUGGCGAAGUCAUCCCUGGAACUGUCCUCGCCAUGAACGGUCCAAGAAAAUACGUCAUGACUUUCAAACCUACGGACUUGACGAAAAGUCAGUAUUUCAAGAGCCAAGGCGGGGACCUGAUGGGUUUUAACGACAGCGACGAGAGUGAUGAAGAAGGUCAUGUUGAUGAAUGGAGUGCCUACGAGAGAAAACGACAGAAAGUACUGAGUCUGUCCCUGCGGAGAGAGCUGCCGAGGUGGCUGGAGAAAUUGAGCGAGGGUUUGAUUAAGAAGGUUAAAUUGGACGAGUGGCCUGUCAUGGAUUAGGAAUUUUAUUAUUAUUAUAUAUGUACAUAUUAGUAUUUAUCAGUACUUGCAUAACCAGAAUGCUUUUAAAGUUGGGGCGAGGUACAGAAUGAUAUAGAGUGGACGGCGCACACACCCAACACCGUGUUCGAUAUCAAACAUGCCCUUGCUAAACUCUUGUUAUUAUUUCAAUCAAUAUUUAUUAAGGGACGGACCAAUAGAAAUAUCUUCAAGACGUACUUACUUACUAAGCCUUUCCUUUGUCAUUUGUUCAGUUUUCCUUCAUCUUUUUUCCAGUUUUUAAAAUCGUGGAUUAAUUUCGUCUACGUCACUUGUUCCUUGUCCCCCCACCCCUUACUUUUCUAAUAGUCCGUCCCUUACACAAAGAAGAGCGCAAUUCCAAAUCCCAUAAUAUAUUGUAUCACGGACUCACCUGAUAAUAGAGAACCAUGCAUAACAUAAGAAUUAUUAAUUGGCUUUCCUCGUUAUAUGCCUUGUCAGGGCUCAUUGUUUGUACGGUGUUCUAUAAGUAAAUAAAACUUUUUUUUCUAGAAUUUCCAACUUCUUAGACCGUGGUUUUCAAAAUCCCGCGAAAUUCUUUUUAGUUUAUUUAGUACUAAUACACUGUAAUGUCAUAAUGUAAUGUCACUGUUAUCUUUUGUUCUGGCUUGACAAGUACACUUUAACAAUUACAUUUUGUUUCACGGGAUUUUGAAAACCACUCUAUCAAAAGGCAGAUAAAACUCAAAAUACCGCUACUGAUUGUCCUUUCCUAUGUCACAUCUGUGGAAUGUUCUGGAAAUUUGUGCGCGUGCAUUCUAGUCUCUGAUUGAUGGGGUUGUGUGCGCCUAACGCCUACCAAAUCCCAAAAAUUCAUUCCGAAAUUCUCGUAUCGCAAUCCGAGACGCGCAAAAAGGUAAGGUAAAAUUGAAUCAUUUCUCUUUUCGACUAAUAUGGACUUGAGACUACCAGCCGAAGAAUAUUCAAGAUAGCUUUUAAAGUACAUAAGAGUACUUCGAAAAGGCCGCUCGGUUUCUCUUUCUGUGUCGAGCAAAGAAAACGAGCUACACAAAUAGCUCUGCGCCUGAUGGAAGUUAAAGUUGUCAAUUAAACAAUGCUUUUAACCCA